CUACGACUUCGGCCCCCUGGACUCAAGUCCUUGAGGCAAAAAGUGACUCUUGCGCUUGGUGGCAGCCUCUUUUCGGUGACCACCAUCUAACUCCCAUUUGCUACCCGCCGCCAUUAUGAACAUCCGCAAUGCUCGGCCAGACGACCUGAUUAACAUGCAGCACUGCAACCUUCUUUGCCUUCCCGAGAACUACCAGAUGAAAUACUAUUUCUACCAUGGCCUUUCCUGGCCCCAGCUUUCUUACAUUGCUGAGGACGAGGACGGGAAGAUUGUGGGCUAUGUCCUGGCCAAAAUGGAGGAGGACCCAGAUGAUGUCCCCCAUGGACAUAUCACCUCACUGGCUGUGAAGCGAUCGCACCGGCGCCUCGGCCUGGCCCAGAAGCUGAUGGACCAGGCCUCUCGGGCCAUGAUCGAGAACUUUAGAGCCAAGUACGUGUCCCUGCACGUCAGGAAGAGUAACCGAGCAGCCUUGCACCUCUAUUCUAACACCCUCAACUUCCAGGUUAGUGAGGUGGAACCCAAAUACUAUGCAGAUGGGGAAGAUGCUUAUGCUAUGAAGAGGGAUCUCUCGCACAUGGCCAAUGAGCUGAGAAGGCAGCCAGAGCUGAAGGAGAAGGGCAGGUAUGUGGUACUGGGCUCCAAGGAAAACCAGGAAACCCGGGGAAGCACACUUCCUAGUUCUGAAGAGGAUGGUGAGGAGGAGAAGAUCCCGGCCGCUGAUGAUAGUAGCAAUGACCACAAGGAACCCAGCGAGUCCAUGGAGAGCACCGAUGCCCAGAACAGCUCAGAAGAUUGAGUCUACCUCCUAGAACCUGCUUAAGCAUUGCAGUUCCUCGUGUCUCAGCCACGCCUGCCCUCUGAGCCCUGGCUCAGCCUGUAUGCUCUGCAGCACCUUUUCUGGGGUCAUCUCACAGUGACCCCAAUGGCUUCUCACUCUCAACAACCUUCCACAUAUCCCACUGGGAUUAUAAAGGAACACCUGGAUACCAGAGCCUCCUGCACAAGAGCCAAGAAAGUCUGAGGCCUCCCAUCACGGAACCUUCUUUGGCCUCCUCACACCAUGCCGCCGUUUUACUCUGUUUGUUGUAGUCCUGUGCUGGGUGUGGUUGUCUAGCAAGGUUGCCUCUUCCUGGAAUGCUAAACAGGAAGCCCCUCUGCUUUCAGUUUUUGCCACUAUUUAUCUGGGUUCUCAUCCUUGAGGGGGCCAUCAGAACCAUCAAGUCAGACCUCGUGCCCCUUUCCUCUUCUUUCUUCCUCUUUGCUGGAAGAAGUAUUCUGUUUUCUCUUCUUUUCUCUGGGAACUCAUCGUCUGUCAUACCCUUCCCUUUCUUGAGGAGGUAUUCUCCUUUCCAGUGGGAGAAAGUCAUGAGCAAGGGCCUCUACAAUAUAAUCAGAACUUGGAGAUAUUAAGAAAAGGACAACCAGUAAUUAAAUUGUAAUAUCUGA